UCGAUGCAGAGGAGGCGAACCAGGCACCGGCAGCAGAGGAUCUGAACCUCAACAGGGGAGUGACUGACCUGGACGCCACAGCCAAGACAGACCUGAACCACUCAGAAAACAAGGCUUCCCUGCUGUUGUCCAGCCCCAAGAUGCUGCUCCCAGCAUCAGGGAUGCUGCCACCCAGCGCCCCGCUGUCUGUGCACCACCAGAUCCAACUGCUCCAGCAGCAGCUCCAGCAGCAACAGCAGCAGACACAAGUGGCUGUGGCACAGGUCCAUCUCUUGAAGGACCAGCUGAGUGCGGAGGCCACGGCUCGGCUGGAGGCCCAGGCACGUGUCCACCAGCUGCUGCUCCAGAACAAAGACCUGCUGCAGCACAUCUCGCUGCUGGUUAAACAGAUCCAGGAGCUGGAGACCAAAAUGGCUGGACCAAAUUCCAUGGGUUCCCAGGACAGUUUGUUGGAGAUCACCUUCCGGUCUACAGUACCCCCCGUGAUAUGUGACCCCACAACACCUAAACCCGAGGUGUCGACCCUCAACCUGCACACACUCGGCAACAGCGACGGGACCAGCAAUGCCUUUUCAUCAUCCAACGGGACUCUGGGAAGCCCACUAGUUGAUCAAAGUAUGUUUGAGAACUCCAUCGCCCAGCAGCAGAGUCCUCAGACCUCGAGGCCAGGUCCGCCCUCGACCCGCCGCUCCACAGUGACAGCUAAUUCCAACCUGGGGUCCAGCUGCGUCGACUCGCCGUCCUCUGGAGGACAGCAGAGGCUGAAAAAUGCCAUUAACCUGGGCAAGGCAGUCGGGGCAAAGGUCAAUGACUUGUUAAGAAGAAAAGAGCCCAGCAACCUCGGAGACAUUGGGGUCACUGAGGUCAACAAGAAUGUUGGUGCAAUUUGGAGCCGCAUGGACCAACUCAACCAGACUGCUCCCAGCAGUGACUUCACCUCCUUUGACUCCUUCCCCCGACUGGACCCGCCACCCCCAUCAGGGAAGAAGCGCCUCCCUCGAGCACUGAAGACGACCCAGGACAUGAUGAUCUCCUCUGACCCGGUGGUCUCCUCCCCCGACCCUGUAGAUUCUUCCUCCUUCCUUUCCUCCCCUGAGAAGACGUCCCUCAUCGCUCAGGAGGAGAUAAGGAGUGAGGAGGAACAGCAGCAGGGCAAGGAGGAGGAAAAGAGCUCAUCCGGCCCAGCAGAGAAGAAACUUUCAGCUGAUUUAGAGACAGCUGAGGCCAAUGACAAAGUGGAUACAGUGACAGGUGGAGAAAUUGAUGGUGUAGAAGUUGGAAGCGCUGAUGAAGGCAUAGACGAACAUGGGCUUCAGCUCCACCUCUCUGUACCAGACCUCAUCAAUAAAGAUCCCCCUCUGGAGUCCAAAGCCAAACCCUGCGACGCCUGGCAGAAGGCCUCGGGGCCUGACUUGCGGCUGGCCUCCACUCCCCGCUCGGGUAAAACGCCGUGCCGCAUCAGCCUGGGCGAGGAUGUCCUGCUGGGAAACGGCGCCCCCUAUAGUAAAGCCUCUGGAGGGAGCAGUGAAGACGCAGAGCACCAUCCAGACCUGCUGUCUUUUGAGUAACACACAGAGCUGGGGCCAAAUAACCAGUUCAGUAGAUUUCAAAAAGCUGUUAAGUUUUUCUUUUAGACUCCAUCCCAGAAAUGUCUGUGGAGGUAAAUCAAACAGACUGCAGUAAGCGCUGCAAAUCAAAAAUUCCCUGCCACGUUUCAAUUUUUAAACUCAUCCUGCUCCGGGCUUUACUUUAGGAAAAGGGAACAAGCACUUCCAGGACCUAGGGCUUUUUAAAAAAAUCUUUUUAUCUGAUUUCUGGAUGUGGGAUUAGCUGAAAGGUCACGGUAAUUAAGUCUGGCCUUCUAACAUGGCUGAUCUGAGGUCAGUUGGAUGCUUCAAGAAUCUUCUUAAUGAAUAAAAACAAUGCUGAAAAGCAUGAGAGGAAGACGGAGGAGCAACAGGGGAACUCUGGUUCUUUUUAGUGCAGUUAAAGUUAAACAAAAAAAUCCAAACUGUAAAAACUUCUGAUUUAUUCACUGUGUAUUUCUUAUGUAUGCAAACACAUAUCAUGCCUUACUCAGUAAUGUAAUGAUGAGCAGACAGUGUAACAAUGAAUGUUUUAAGUGAGAUGAAAUAUCCUUUAAAUGGGCUAAAAUGUUACAGUCAGAAAGUUAGUGGCAAAUAUAACCAGAGACAUUAAAUCUUAUUUAGCAUUAUUUUAUCAGUAUUAAGUUUCACCAUGGCAUUUUCGCUCUGUUUAAAGGGACAUUUCGUUGCAUUUUUUUUUUUUUUUUUGUAUCAAUCAAACAAAAAGCUGCUGAUUUAUACAACAAUAUAAUGUAUAUUUAGAAUCCUUUAGCAUAACACUUAAGUGAUAAGGGUUAGAUGCCGGCUCAGGAAAAGAAGGUGGAAGUGAAGGGAGGAGGGCGGGAAGAAUGUGAACGUGUUCGAGAUGGAAAAGCUUAGGGAGGAAUUUUCCUUUCAGUUCAGUCAGGAUGGGAUGUCACUCACACAGCACUCUCUGCCACAGGAGGGUAAAAGCCUUUUGGCCCGCAGCUCCACCCCAACGAAAUGAAUUUGUGAGCCGCGUUUGUUUGAGGGCCAAUCUGGAUCAGAACUUUCUCCAACAUGAUCCUUUGGCACUGACUUCGACCCUGGGAGUGACCUUUGUAAACGAGGAAAAGUUACCGAUCACUCUGACAAACUGAUUUUAUUUCCUAUGAGUCAGUUUUUAUCUCACCAAGUCUUUGCUUCCAUAAACUGCACAGAUAUUUGUUUUUUAGGAGGAUGCAGCAUUUUUAACCAGAUGUUCUGACUGAUAACAGUAGACUGAGCUUGUGGUUGAAUUGUGUCCUCUGGCAGAAAGAAAGCGGACCAAAAGUGUAGGCAGAAAGUGCAUGUAGAGUCAGUUAGUGCACUCCUGAAAAUGUAUUUGCCUUGGAAAGAGAACUGAUGGAGUAUCUGCAUACCUUCCAAAUCAUCUUCCUGUCCCGGCUGAACUGAAAGUGAAUUCAGAUUACCUCCCAAAAAAACCUGAAAGGGAGUCAAAAGAGAGACGGGUGGAUGGAUGGGCAGCUUUGGAGGGAGGGCUGCUGAAAAGUUGUUUGCGAGCUAAGGACGAGCGGGGUAAUUAGCUGUCAGCAGAGAGAGAGAGAUGAAAGAAGUGUGUUUUAUUCAAGCAGAUCAUCAAGUGACAGACCAAAGAUUGAAAUGAUUGGCUCAGUCAGACACGCCGUUUUUGUCACGUUAUUUCAGUGAGAAAACAGAAGCGAUGAUUUCUGCAGAAGAGCUUAUCUCUCCGUUACUUUAUCUGCUCUGAAAAAUAAAAACCAAAAUCUGUGUAUUAAUAACGAUGCCGUGGCGGUUACACGCGCUUGUUUGAAACUUUCAGACUCAGAAAAGGGUUUGUUCGGUUUUUUGUUUGUUUGUUUGUUUGUUUGCUCGCUGUAAAAAGAGCACAAUCAAUUUGCCAUGGUUAUUGUAGCACAAGCAAAAGCUGUAUUUUUAUAACACGACUGUGUGAGCAUCUGUUCUGUAGAUCUGUGCAGCUGGAUUAAAGCGCACUUUUGACAUGUGGAAAGUGCACACAGAGAUCCCAAUCCCACACCCAGAAAAGAACCCAUUUUUCUGUGAAGUCUGCAAGUGGCCUCAGUAAGUGACCUGCUGUCCUUGCAGGGAUACGCUGACCUUAGGAAAUAUCAAAGAGCUCCCAGAGGACACCGAGACAGCGACACAGGCAGCGGUAGCUGCGGUCAGGUCGUGCCCGGCAGAAUGAGAGGAAUGUGGAGCUGAACCGAGACGCAGAAAGGAAGCUUUGUCUCCGUCUGUCUUACUCCCAUCCACUGCCUCACUAAAGCGGCGACAGAGAAUUAGAGAGUCAUUUCACCCAAAUCACAAACCAUAACUCUCUUAUUAGCUUUAGGAGUGCUCCCUUUAGCUUUUUUUUUUUUUUUUUUUUUUUACUG